CGGGCGGGAACGCGGUGCGGGGAGGGGGAGGUGACGACCCGACCCCAACCCCAACCUCACCCGACCCGAGGAGGACGGGGACGUGGACGCGGUCGAUUGGAAUUGGAAUGGAAUAAUAAUCAUAAACAAACCGACGCGACGCCCGGUCGUGGGCGGGCCCGCCGCGUCAGCCGGCCAGCCCGCUGCCGACCAAACACACAAACAAGGCGCGCACGGUGGAGUCGCCGAGGGAAGGAGGCCGAGCGAGCGCGAGACGAGAGAGACCACACCAGACGAGGCGAGCGAGACCACACCAGGCUCCGCCGAGGGAGGGGAGGCGAGGCGAGGCGGCGCGAUGCGGCGCGCGAGGCCGCCGCCGGGGCCGGGGCUGGAGGGCGAGGAGGUGCGGUACCGCGGGGUGCGGCGGCGCCCGUCGGGCCGGUACGCGGCCGAGAUCCGCGACCCGGCCAAGAAGACCCCGAUCUGGCUCGGCACCUUCGACUCCGCCGAGGCCGCCGCGCGCGCCUACGACGCCGCCGCCCGGAACCUCCGCGGCGCCGCCGCGCGCACCAACUUCCCCGCCUCCCCCGCCGCGGCGCCGCCGCGCGCGCCGCCCCCCGCCCCCGUCGCCGCGCCGGCGACGAUGGCCGCGGCGGCCACGUCCAGCCACAGCAGCACGAUCGAGUCCUGGAGCGGCGGGAACGUCCCGCCCACCAGCGUCCUCUUCCGCGCCGCCGCGAUCGGCGCCCCGGCCAUCGAGGAGGACUGCCGCAGCUACUGCGGCUCCUCCUCGUCCGCGGUGUGCGAGGACGGCGCGUCGGGGGGCGCCGCCGCGGCCGCAGACGAGGCCGCCGCGCCGCCGCGCCCCUCCUCGUCCUCGCUGCCCUUCGAUCUGAACCUGCCGGACCCCGCGGCCGCCGCCGACGAGAUGGACUGGCGCUGCGACACGCUGCUCCGCCUCUGAUCGGCCUCCCGCCUGCUGCUUCGGAUGCGUCACCUCCCUCCCCCUUCCCGCUCCCGGACUAACGCGGCGGCGCGGCUGCCUACUGCGAAGUGCUUCUUCUACUAUCUCGAUAGAAUUGGAUUUUUGGUCUCCGUUUUACUACCACUCAAGUUCUGAAUAUCUGAUACUCUGCCUUAUGUGAUAAUGUGAAUAAGCUCAUCAUCAUCAUAUCAUCAUGUAAUCCACGGGAAAUAGACUGAUAAUUUUUGCCA